AUGUUACGCUAGAUGGAUUAGUUGCAGUGAUAUUAAUUGUCUGACUAAGAGAAAACCCCUGUUGGCCGAAAAUUUACAGAUUCCCGACCCAGCCUGCUGGAACUUGGGACAAACCACUCCGAUUAAACUACCCCAGUGGAUGAUUAUUUUUCCUUUACUCACUGCGGAGGAGCAUAGAUUUAAUUCUAUUUAUCAGUUCGACAUAAACAAUUCUUCCCGGUUAUUUAGUAUCGGGUCCUCAACUGCUACAUCCGGCUUUCUACAACAGACUCAACAGAAACUACUUUGUUUCCGGGGAAGGUUGGGAGGCAUUUUUCGUCGGAAGCUUUUCCGGACAAUUUGGUUAACCCCGCGACUGGGAACAAGUUUGCAUGAGAAGCGAGCAAUGAGCGGCACUGGUACGCUGGAGAUCGAUAGCAGGGAGCUGUACGAUGCUGAGACGAUAUUGAGCACCGAAGCGGAAAGCCGCUACAGUCCCUCACUACAAAGCUACAACUUCGAAAAUGGCCGCCGAUACCAUGCUUACCGCGACGGCUCCUAUAUGAUGCCGAAUGACGAAAAGGAGCAAGAGCGUCUCGACCUAGCACAUCACAUCUUCAAAAUGCUUCUCCGUGGCCACCUGUAUCGUGUUAGACUACCGCAAUCGCUCCGGCACGUCCUCGAUUUCGGCACCGGAACGGGUUCCUGGGCUAUAGACUUUGCGGACGUACAUCCGGACAGUCAUGUUGUCGGAAUCGAUCUAUCGCCUAUUCAACCCAGUAAUAUUCCUCCCAAUUGUCGGUUCUUUGUUGAUGAUAUCGAGUCACCGUGGACUUUUGAUUCAAAGUUUGAUUUUAUACAUGGACGGGGGAUGGCAGGAUCGAUUAAGGAUUGGAAUACAUUGUUCCAUCAAGCAAUGGAAAACCUGAAUGAAAAUGGUGUCAUUGAAUUGCAGGAAUAUGAAGCGGUAUAUAAGUCGGAUGACGGGACGUUGAAUCGGGCGGAAGCGAUCAAAACCUGGCAACAGAAGCUGAAUGAAGCGAGUGAGCGGGUCGGCCAACCAAUGAACAGUGUAGAGACGCUCAAAGCACGAUUAGAACGGGCAGGGUUUGUUGAUGUGCGAGACGAUGCAUACAAGGUACCUGUAGGGCCCUGGCCCAAAGACCGGCGUCUCAAGGAAUUAGGCUAUAUGAUGCUCUUCCACUGUUUCGAGGCAUUAGAAGCAUUCACUUUAGCCCCCUUCACACGAGUCUUAGGCUGGUCCAGCGACGAAAUGCGUCAAUUGAUGGAACGAGUCAAGGUGGAGUUGUCAUCUGCUCGGAAUCAUUUGUAUGUGGUAAUUCAUUUCAUACAUGGGCGGAAGCCGGGAAAAUCUUAACCGAUACUUUUCGUCUUGUUCUCCUUUUUCUGUCUUUCCAAACCUCCGUUGGGGGUUGUUUUGGCGUAAGGAUAUUUACGGCGGGUACCUCUAGGUACGCAAAGUACCUUUUGCACAAUAUUUAUCACAAAACGAUUGGACGAGGUCAUUUGAUCGAUUCGUUCUGAAAACUGGGAGGAUGUCUGAUUCGACUUUCUAUCAGAUUCAUAAUUGGAUUCUUGAUGCUGAUCCUGUUACCAUGGAUCAUAUACUUCCGGGCAAUGCCCUAUGUAGCAGGUCAACCCGUUCUCGGAUAUUGCGAUGUAGUCAUAUUGAGGACCUAAAAAAGAAUCUUCAGCAUUGGAU